AGGACCGGCGCCGGCGGCCGGCCGGCAGAUGGACCAACCUCUGAAUCCUUAUAAAGGCUUGGAAGCCCAGGACGGUUACUUCUUCCACCGCCCCAAAGAGAAAAUGCGAACGGACAGCAAUAAUGAAAACUCAGUUCCGAAGGACUUUGAGAAUAUCGAUACUAGCAACUUUGUUCCUAGGACGCAGAAGCAAAAACGCCAGCCAGAGCUGAUGAAAAAGCCCCUUAGCAAACAGAAGGAGCACUUGAGGAAAAAACUGGAGCAGGAGGAAAAGAUGAAGGAGAAUUCUCUCCUGGGGAAGAGCUCUAACGAAGUGCUGCGCUACAACAACCAGGCCUUGAAGAACAGCAGCAACUUGAAGGAUAUUCAUAGAUCUCCCAAGCAGCAUCACUUGAAAAAGUCGGGCAACGGCUCACCUGAGAUCAGGUACGAGCCGCCCCCAAAAUGUGAGAUUUCAGGCAAGGAGGCAAUAUCGGCUUUGUCCAGAGCCAAGUCAAAACAGUGCCGGCAGGAGAUUGCGGAGAUGUACUGUCAGCACAAGCAGGGGAAGCUAAUGCCGGAGCUGGUGACUCGUUUCUGUCCUCUGGAAGGAAAAGCCAGCAACAAUGUACAAUGGGAUGAGGACUCCAUAGAGUACAUGGCGGCCAACCCCGUCAGGAUUGCUUUUGUCUUGGUUGUUCAUGGCAGAGCUUCUCGGCAGCUGCAGCGCAUGUUUAAGGCUAUUUACCAUAAAGAUCAUUUUUAUUACAUUCAUGUUGACAAGCGAUCCAAUUACUUAUACCGACAAGUCCUCCAGUUUGCAAGCCAGUACCCAAAUGUCAGAGUCACCUCUUGGCGUAUGGCUACUAUCUGGGGAGGAGCGAGCCUUCUGACUACCUACCUGCAAAGCAUGCGUGAUUUAAUGGAAAUGAAGGACUGGCCGUGGGAUUUCUUCAUCAACCUCAGUGCCGCUGACUAUCCAAUCAGGACAAACGAGCAGCUUGUCUCAUUCUUGUCAAGAUAUCGCGAUAUGAAUUUCUUGAAGUCACAUGGAAGAGACAAUGCAAGAUUUAUUAGGAAACAAGGUUUGGAUAGGCUUUUCCUGGAAUGUGAUACACACAUGUGGCGCCUUGGAGACAGAAAAAUUCCUGAAGGGAUAACAGUUGAUGGAGGUUCAGACUGGUUUCUGCUAAACAGGAAGUUUGUGGAGUACGUCACGUUUUCUAGCGAUGAUCUGGUGACGAAGAUGAAGAGGUUCUACUCUUAUACGUUGCUUCCAGCUGAAUCCUUCUUUCAUACCGUCCUCGAAAACAGCCCUCAUUGCAACUCCAUGGUGGACAACAAUCUGCGCAUCACCAACUGGAACCGUAAGCUGGGCUGCAAAUGUCAGUACAAGAACAUCGUUGACUGGUGCGGCUGUUCUCCUAAUGACUUCAAGCCCACAGAUUUCCACCGGUUCCAGCAAACUGCCAGGCCGACCUUCUUCGCACGCAAAUUUGAAGCUGUGGUGAAUCAAGAAAUAAUUGGCCAACUGGACUAUUAUUUAUAUGGCAACUAUCCAUCAGGCACGCCAGGCCUUCGGUCAUACUGGGAGAACGUAUAUGAUGAACCAGAUGGUAUCCACAGCGUCAGUGAUGUCGCACUGACCAUGUAUCACUCGUUUUCCCGCUUGGGUCUGAGGAGAGCGGAGGCCUCUUUCCACACAGACAGCGACAACAGCUGCCGGUAUUAUCCAAUGGGCCACCCAGUUUCAGUCCACCUCUACUUCCUGGCGGACCAUUUUCAGGGCUUCCUUGUUAAACAUCAUGCUACCAAUUUGGCUGCCAGCAAGUUGGAGACCUUGGAAACAUGGGUGAUGCCCAAGAAGGUCUUUAAGAUUGCAAGCCCCCCAAGUGAUUUUGGAAGGCUGCAGUACUCAGAGACUGGAACUGACUGGGAUGCCAAAGAGAGAAUAUUCCGAAACUUCGGUGGACUUAUUGGGCCCAUGGACGAGCCCAUUGGCAUGCAGAAAUGGGGGAAGGGUCCAAACGUCACCGUUACCAUCAUCUGGGUGGACCCCAUAAAUGUCAUUGCCGCUACCUAUGACAUUCUCAUAGAAUCCAGUGCGGAGUUUACUCACUACAAGCCACCUCUGAAUUUGCCCCUCCGGGCAGGAGUCUGGACUGUUAAAAUUUUGCAUCAUUGGGUACCAGUUGCUGAAACCAAAUUCUUAGUGUCUCCUGUGACGUUUUCCAACAGGCAACCCCUCAGACAAGAUGAAGCCUUGAAGUUACAUAGUGGACCCCCCAAUAACGCCUACAUGGAGCAGAGCUUCCAAGGCCUGAACCCCGUUCUGAGCAUUCCCCUCAAUGCUGCACACAUGGAGCAGGCAAAGAAGAAUGCUGCCCUCACAGGCGCCAAGUUGGAGAACUGGGUGGAUAGCUUGGUCGGCAGUGUGUGGUCAGCUGUGGAUAUCUGUAGCACAGGGCCCACUUCCUGCCCAGUCAUGCAGGCUUGUAGCCAAACUUCAUGGAGUUCACUCAGUCCAGACCCGAAGUCUGAGCUGGGCCCCGUUAAACCUGAUGGACGGUUGAGGUAGCACCUGGUGUAAUGCCUUUUGUUGACUUAAAAGGGAAUUUAACUUUGUGCUCUUGUGACUCGGGGUACAUUUGCACUUCAGAAAAUUUCAGCUGGUUUUCAACCAGUCAUGCUUUCUCCAAGGAAACGGAGUUUUCAUGAGGCUGCUAGGAAUUCCAAAACUGCCCUGAUAUUUCAUUGCAGGCUUCAAGAGGCCAAGAUGGGACCAGGAAGGCAAGCCUAGUUAAAAUCUACAUUUAAUCUUCUCUGCACAGAUGUACCUUCUGAGUUCUAAAUUCAGUCUGAGCCAUUUUUGCAAAAGGAAAGGCGUUUCAGACCUAAUGGCAAAAUGGUUGCUAAAAUAGCAGGGGGGGGUAGGGGGCAAUUUCAGUUUCCCUCCUACAUCCCAUUCCCCUUUAUCAUGCAAUCCAGUAGAGACCUGGUCCCAAGAUCCAUGUUUGCCUCUAGUUUAACCUUAGGAUGCCCUUGAAAAGAUGGAAGGUUGGAACAGGUUAACGCUCAGCAUUAAAAGCCACUGUGAUAAGAAGUGAGAGAUCCGUGCAUUUCUGCACUGGAUCUUUUUACUUUUCCAGCAGGCUUCAAUGCCUGUAUUACUUUUAGGACAUGGCAAACUGUUAAAAUCUGAGACUGAAGCGCGUACAUUUUAUUCAUAUUCAAACAACAUUGUAAAACUAGUUUUCCUUCCCAGUUGAGGCUUUUUUGCAUAAGUCGUGCAGUUUUUCCCUCCCUCCUUUUCUGUUCGAAUCCUGAGUCGUGAUGUCGUUGAAAACCGCAAAGCAUUUUUUGCAGGCUUUAUUUAUAAAGCAGGUAAUUAAUAUAAUCUAAUAAAACCGUCCCCAUUUUGUGGCCCAUAUAUCACUUCCGUGACUAUUAAUUAGAGUUAAGCCAAUGCCUUGGAAGGGCAAUUAAAUCCUUCUACCGAAAGCGAGUAGCAAGAAAAAGCUGAAUUCCCUUUUAAAAGAUGGCUGCAACGUGGUUGAAUGUAUGAGAUCCCAAUAGCCUGCUAUUUUUCUCACUUCUUGUAUUUGGUUUAAAGCUACUACAGUUUGCUUUGGACUUCUGAAACUUCAGUGUCAGCUGUGCUGGCGUGGAGGCAGAGCAUCCAAUGGUUAGCUGAUGCGAGGGAGGCUGCUUGGGAGGAAGAUUUUAGCUAUUUAUUUGUGUUUUAGUCAAUGACUAAUUAGUAGGUGCUGCUUGUGCAGCUUGGAGAUUAUCUUCUCUUACUAACUAAAGCUGCCUUUAUUCA